AAGGAAAAGAAGGCUACUGAUAGCCCUGCACCACCACAACAGUCUCCACCAAUCAGUAUUGAUCAUCAUGUGAAGAUACCUUAUCCUCAGAGACUCCGAAAGACCAAUCUAGACAAGCAGUUUACAAAAUUUCUAGAGGUCUUCAAAAGACUACACAUCAACAUUCCUUUUGCUGAAGCCUUGGAACAAAUGCCCCGUUAUGUGAAGUUCAUGAAGGAGAUAUUGUCUAAGAAGAGAAAAAUGGAGGACUAUGAAACAGUGGCAUUAACUGAGGAGUGUAGCGCCAUUUUGCAAAAGAAACUACCGCCCAAGCUUAAAGAUCCGGGUAGUUUCAAUAUUCCAUGCUCUAUAGGGGGUUCAGUGGAAACUAAAGCUCUAUGUGAUCUGGGAGCAAGCAUUAAUCUAAUGCCGUUGUCUGUCUUCAAAAGGCUAGGAUUGGGAAAAGCAAAGCCCACAACAGUGACUCUACAACUAGCGGAUCGUUCUCUAACUCAUCCUCGUGGCAUAAUUGAAGAUGUACUGGUGAAGGUUGGUAAGUUUAUCUUCCCUGCUGAUUUCUUAAUUCUUGAUAUGGAGGAAGAUUCAACUAUUCCCAUUAUUUUGGGAAGACCAUUCUUGGCCACGGGUCGAGCAUUAAUAGAUGUUCAAAAGGGGGAGUUAAAGUUGCGAGUCCAAGAUGAAGAGGUCAAUUUUAAUGUUUUUGCCCCAACUGACAUUCCUACCUGUUGCAAGAUUGAGAUGGUGAAGGGUUCUUUUGUUAAAGCUGAUAAGAAGAAAGCAAAGCCUAAAGAGCGACUUCGAACGAUUCAGCGUCGUUGGAAAAGAUUGAUGUGUGGUAGUUCUGAAGGUGAGCUUACUCUUGUGCAAAACUCUGAAAUCAACACUAUUGGUGGUAAAUUUUCUUCAUUUAGUGCGAGGGCUCUUUUGAAUGCAAAGGGUGGACUUGAUCCCUUCUGAUGGGGCUCAGGUAAGUUUCUCUCACCCUGGUUUAUUUUCAUACAUUGGGGACAAUGUGCAUUUUAGUUUGGGGGGGGGAGACUUAAAUUUUUCAGUUUAUUUGUUUUAGUUUAGUUUGUUUUAGUUUUUUUUAGUCUUGCGUGAUAGUUAAAUUGAAAGAUGGAUUAAAUUGUUGUUAUUCACUUGUGCAAUGGAUUGAAACAUAACUGUGUGCUUGACUUGCAACUGUUUGAAUUAAAUUGGAUGUGUGCUAGGAAGUGAUUCAUGUAGAUUUAAAACAUUUGCUAUUCUCACGUAUCACCUCUGUUCUAUUUGGAUUGUGGAAUGAUUGAUUGAACAUGGAAUAGAAUUUGUUUGACAUACUCUCUUGAAGCGAAAUCCUUGAUGAUUUUUGUUUGGAAAGUGAUUUAGGCAAGUUUUCUUUGGAACGAUUGAGCCUUUCAAGCCUGCCUAUGAAUUUUUUACCAUAGUAUACCCAAAGUUGAGCCUUAGCCUGUUUGAAAAAAAAAAAUUUCACCACUUAACUGAGCUAAAUUCGUUAUCUUCAACUCUUUUCACCCUGAACAUAUCUUAUUAUGCCAUGAGCCUUGAAGCAAGUUUGGGGGGAAUAAGUGCUGUAAGUGAAAAAAUAUAAAGUGUA